AUGAUAACAGUUAGUUUUAAUAUACUUUUGAUUGUAUUUGUGAUUGUGAUAUUGUUGGCUGAGACAGAUGCAUCACAUAUAAAUGUUACUGUGUCAGGUAUAUCUGCUGGUGCUGCUAUGGCUGUUCAAUUCCAUAUGGCAUACUCAAAGGAAAUCAGUGGCUGUGGUAUUUUAGCUGGACCACCGUAUCUAUGUGCUGGCAACGUUACAGGUAUUACUAAAUGUAUGAAGGGCCCAGUUGAAAAUAUUUCUGCUCUUAGCAUUUUAUUGAAACUUGAAUCCUAUACAUCAGCUGGGUACAUUGAUAGUCUUUCAAAUAUUGAAAAUGAAUCUGUAUAUAUCUUUUCUGGUACAAAGGAUUUAGUAACCCUGCCUAGUAUCGUCAAGUUGAAUGAGAAAAUUUAUUCCGUAUUGGGUGCUAAUAUCAAGACUAAUUAUGACUUGCCAGCAACACAUGGUUUUCCAACAGAUAAUUUUGGUGAAAGUUGUGAUGUAUUAAAUACAAAGAAUUUUAUCAAUAAUUGUGGUUUCAAUAUGGCUUAUGAUAUGUUGAAUCAUCUCCAUGGUGGUCAGCUAAUUGCAGCUAAAUCGAACUCUGCAACUCCUCUUGUUGGACAAAUGAUUGUAUUUCAACAAGCAAACUUCCAGAAUCCUCCUCCAUCUUUAGCUCUAGGUGAUAUAUCGAGUAUUUCUGUCUUAAAAUGGAUCUCAGAAACAAUGUUCUUAUACAAUCCGAUCAAAUGGGGUUGGCCAACAUCAGGUCUUUUCAAUUUGACCAUGCCUAGUAUCACAGUACCUUUCGAAGGGCAACAAGUUAACACGCGUAGUUUUUCAUUCGGCUUCGAUGAACAUGGAUUCGUGUACUUUCCAUCUGCUUGCACCAAAGGCAAAAGGUGCUCAAUCCAUGUUGCUCUGCAUGGAUGUCGACAAGGAAAAUGGUUUAUAGGCGAUACAUUCAUAAUUAAGACCGGCUACUUGGAAGUUGCCGAACUCAAUAAUUUGAUUGUGCUCUUUCCUCAAAUCACUCCGACAGCAGAUUCUCCAAUAAAUCCAAUAGGUUGUUGGGAUUGGUGGGGAGCCACUACACCACAUUACACCAUCAAAGCUGCUCCACAAAUGUUCAGUAUGUUGUUAAAAUUUUUUUUAACAAUACUUUUAUUUUUCCUUACAUCUGCUAUUGAUCCAUUUGAAAAAUUUGCUGAAUCAACAACACGUCAUACAAAUAAUUGGGCUAUUCUUGUUGAUACAUCUCGUUUUUGGUUUAAUUAUCGACAUGUUGCUAAUGUACUUUCGAUUUAUCGAAGUGUUAAACGACUUGGCAUACCUGAUUCAAAUAUAAUAUUAAUGUUAGCUGAUGAUAUGGCAUGUAAUUCACGUAAUCCUCGUCCAGCUGAAAUAUUUAAUAAUGUUGAUGAACAAAUAAAUGUUUAUGGUGAUAAUGUUGAAGUUGAUUAUCGUGGUUAUGAUGUAACAGUUGAAAAUUUUGUACGUAUAUUAACAAAUCGUUUACCUGAAGUUACACCUGUAUCAAAACGUUUAUUAUCUGAUGAAAGUUCAAAUAUAUUUAUUUAUAUGACAGGACAUGGUGGUGAUGGUUUUCUUAAAUUUCAAGAUAAUGAAGAAAUAUCAGCUAUUGAAUUAGCUGAUGUUAUUGAACAAAUGUGGCGUAAAAAACGUUAUCAUGAAUUAUUAUUUGUUAUUGAUACAUGUCAAGCAUCAACAUUAUUUGAAAAAUUUUAUUCACCUAAUAUAUUAGCUGUUGGAUCAUCAAAACGUGGUGAAGAUUCAUUAUCACAUCAUGUUGAUCCUAAAAUAGGUGUUUAUGUUAUUGAUCGUUUUACAUAUUAUGCACUUGAAUUUCUUGAAAAAUUAAAACAAGAUUCACAAAAAACAAUUGAUGAUUUUUUUCAUUGUUGUCCUAAACAUUUAUGUAUAUCAGAAGUAACAUGGAGAACAGAUUUAUUUAUAAAACGUGAUUAUCAUAAAACACUUUUAACGGAUUUUAUUGGUAAUGUUAGACGAACAGAAAUUAUUAUGUUAGAUAAUCAAUUAUUAGAUAAUAUAAUUAUGAAUAUAACAAUAAAACAAUCAAUUAAAAAACAAUAUGAAUUAAAACAACAAUAUGCUUAUAUUUCACAAAUGCCAAUUUUGAACUAA